GACCAUAUGUUGUUGUUGAUAUCUGAGACGGAGGCUCAUGUUAGCCAAAUUUCAACGCUUCAUGGUGAAGUGAGGUUUCGCUUUGGCAGCUGGCAGAUAUGUGCUCUGACUUUUCUGACCUUCAGCAGACGAUAACUUAAGUGCUACUUUAAGUGUUAAUAAUUGUUUAGGGUAGAAGUGAGAGCAGGAGGCAGUUGUUGUUGUUGACUAAGCUAAUGUUAAGUUUGCUCUAACUUAGCUAGCGUGUUGUAUAAGCCUUGAGUCUAACUAACCUAAGGUGAGGAAGUUAAUAACACAGGUAAAGCUAGCGUCAAGACUCUGGUUUAAAUAUGUCCAACUCAACGGAGAUGUCACUGCCACCUGAAUGGGACGACGAUGAGCGGAUGACUUUCAUGUUCUCGGACUUCAAGGAGAACCGAGAAGUGAACACCUCGGACUGGGACAGUAAGAUGGACUUCUGGAGCGCCCUGAUCCUAAAGUGCUGCAGGGACCGAGGCACCGUGUGCGUCAACCUACAGGAGCUGAACAAGACCUUCAGGAGGAAAGAGAAAUCCCCGAUGGGCUUGCGGACUGUCAUCCAGUCCAUGGCAGGACGUGGGAACAUCCAAAGGGAGUCCGAGUUUGCUGCUAACGUGGACUGUGGCUGGCUGUCCUGGGGUGUCGGCCUGCUGCUGGUGAAGCCUUUGAAAUGGACCUUCUCCACUUUUCUGGGAAGCAGCCGGUUGCCUAUGGAUGAGUCCUUUGUCAUCAUUGAAUUAGUCAAGGAGAAAGCUGCAGAGUUACUCAGGGCGUACAGGAGCAGUGAAUUUGCCAGCAGCCCCAUCCUGUCUUUUCAAGAGCUCUGCACACUCUCAUCUAAAGUGUGUGCUGAUGAGAGCACUCUGUGCAUGGCUCUCCUGCAGCUACAGAGGGACAAACAAGUAACGGUUUCAUUGCAUGAAGGCGAGAAGAUUGUAAAGUUCUGCCAUCCCAGCCAGGAUCGGAUUUCUCCUGUCAGUGAUGUAGAUAUCGGCAUCUUCCAGCUGCAGCGCAGUGAGAAGCUGCUGGGAGAGCGAGUAGAGAAGCUGGGCCUCGAUGCUGACAAGUGUAAAGAGGAAGCACGGUUGCUGCUUCGGGAAGGAAAGAAAUCCCAGGCUCUGAGAAGUCUAAGAGGCCGCAAGAGGGUUGAAAAGAGAGCUGACAACUUGUUCGCCCAGCUGGAGUCCAUCAGAGGAAUCCUGGACAGAAUAGCUCAAUCACAGACUGAUAAAAUGGUUAUGCAGGCGUAUCAGUCUGGAGUGGCCGCUCUGAGACUCUCUCUGAAGGAUGUCACUGUGGAGCGUGCUGAGAACCUCGUGGAUCAAAUACAGGAGUUAUGUGACACUCAAGAUGAGGUGAAUCAAACCAUAUCAAGCGUGAGCGGUGCAGAUGAUGACAUGGAUGAGUUGGAGCAGGAACUGAAAUCUUUGUUGGAUGAGUCAAAGACAGAUUCCCUCUUAGAUUUUCCUGAAGCUCCAACAAAGAACCUGCAGCCCUCAGGAAAGGCCGGACUUGCAGGUAAAGACCUGCUGAGCUCUCUACCUGCUGUACCUUACAAACCCUUGGAUAUUACCGAUGAGCAGCUGGAGGAAGAGUUGAAUCAGUUAACACUUACAGAUUCAGGCUUUGAACAGAAGAAAACGACAUCGCCUGCCAGGAGACUAGAGCCAGCACAGUGAGAGCACAAGCAAAGCAUGGCAAGUUUAAAGCUUUGCAUCGACAUAUCAAGCUCUACUGAAAAGAUUCUGUGAGCAGACCUCAAUUCAUAAUCAAGCACUAAAAAAAAAUCAACCUAAGACUGCUAUAUUAUUUUGAAUGGUUGAAAAUCAAUUUCAGGAUGAACAAGAGGCACUUUCCUUCAUAUAAUGAAAACAAAAAUAUUUCUUUCCUGUGGAGGUCUGCCUGAAAGAUCUUUUGGGCUAUUUUUUUCUCUUUGUUAAUAAACCUGUAAGCCUUCUGAUGUCUCUGCCAUAAAAAGUGAACAUUUAAGAAUAUGCAUUAUGAUAUGCCACCACUAGUAAUUUUUAAAUUUUGGUUUUAUUAUUGAGAGUGAGAGAACAUGCUGUUUGUGUUUUUGUGUAAAUGUCAUUAAACGUCCUGUACAGUGUAUUAAGUGGCCUUUUGAACUGUAAGUACAAAAGAUAAAGUAAAGAGUAUUAUGCCAAAUGAAUGAAUGGUUUGAUCAAAGGAGUUAUCAGAACCACAUAUUUAGUCUCUCUGCAAUAUACUGUGUGUGUGAAGACAUAAAAGUCUACCGUAAGUGAGUUUAACCAAAUAUGUUUGUCAAAAUAAAAUUUAUUUUAAUCAGUUAAA